AUGAUUUCAUUGCUGCCAUUGGCAGCCCUCGUGCUAGCUGAUGCCUCACCACCAGAACAGAUCCCCAUCUCCCCCGUCGAAUCCCAGAGCGAGCCACUCACUCUCAACGCCAUCCCUCUCCUCGGCUUUGGAACAUGGAACCUGAAAGAGAAGAACACAAGCGAGGCCGUCUCCUGGGCCAUCCAAACCGGAUACCGCCACAUCGACGCGGCAGCAAUCUACGGCAACGAAGUCGAAGUAGGCAAAGGCAUCCGUGACGGUCUCCUCCGCACAGGGCUCCAACGUGAAGACCUCUGGAUCACCAGCAAGCUCUGGAACGACAAACACGACCCCAACCUGGUCGAAUCCGGCCUCGACGCCUCCCUCCACAAGCUCGGCCUCACCUACCUCGACCUCUACCUCAUGCACUGGCCGGUCGCCGACACCCUCUUCUCCGGCAAGAAGAUCUCCUACCGCGACACCUGGGGCGCCAUGAUCCUGCUCCAGCAGAAGCAAAAAACCCACCACAUCGGUAUCGCGAACUUCAGCCCCGCCCAACUCCAAGACCUCCUCAACCACACCUCCGUCCCGCCCGCCGUGCACCAGUUCGAACUCCACCCGUACCUCCAGCAGAACGAGUGGAUCGAAUGGCACAAGAACCACAGCAUCCACGUCACAGCCUACUCGCCCCUCGCCGGCACGAACCCCACCUACGACGACUCCGGACCCCCAACCCCCCUCCUCGAGAACAAGCACAUCCGCAAAAUCGCCAAGAAACGCAACUGCACGCCCGCGCAGGUCGUGCUGCAGUGGGGGAUCUCGCGGGGCACGAGCGUGAUCCCGAAGAGUAUCCAUAAGGAUUACAUUUCGUCGAAUUUCCGCGCGACGGAGUGUGGGUUGAAGGAGAAGGAUUUGGAGAAGGUGGACGGGUUGGGGAAGUAUCAUCAUCGGUAUAAUAAUCCUAGUAAGAGCUGGAAGGUGGAUUUGUAUCGGGGGUUGGAGGACGAUGAUGGGAAGCAUGGGAAGGCGAAGUUUUGGGAUGGGGAAUGA